GGGUCGCCCAUUCCUCCUCUGUUGGACGGAUUGACUGUUCUAGACCUGGGCUGUGGGACCGGGACAGAUGUGUACCUGUCGGCGCAGCUGGUGGGCGAGAAAGGGAGAGUGAUUGGAAUAGACAUGACGGACGAGCAGCUGGCGGUGGCGCGCGAGGUAGAAGAGUGGCAGCGAGAGAAAUUCGGUUAUGCAAAGUCCAACGUUGUGCUGAAGAAGGCUUUCAUCGAAGAUCUGAAGGCGGCUGACGUGGCAGACGAAUCGGUGGACGUGGUAAUCUCCAACUGUGUCAUCAACUUAGCGCCGGACAAAAGGCCUGUUCUUUCAGAGAUCGCUCGCAUUCUGAAGCCGGGCGGAGAACUCUACUUCUCUGAUGUGUUUGCAGACAGGCGGAUUCCGAAGCACCUGCGAGACGACAAGGUCUUGUUCGGCGAGUGCUUGUCAGGAGCACUCUAUGUGAAGGAUUUCGGCCAAUUGAUGAGUGAGGUCGGACUGGGGGCAUGGGGAGUCGUCAACCAUUCGCUCAUCACCGUCAACAACGAGAAGAUUUUGGAACGGGUGGGAGAUAUCACUUUCUACAGCCUCACAGUGCGCGCUAUCAAGGUGGACCCAAGCAAACUGGAAGAUGCUCUGGAGAACUUCGGACAGACUGCGACGUACGAUGGGGCCAUUCCUGGAUAUGAAGAGUCUUUUAGUCUGGACAUGAAGAACGCCUUUGCGAAGGGGAAGCCGACUCCAAUCGACGGGCUCACGGCGUCUCUCCUUCUCUCCUCUCGAUAUGGUUCACACUUCUCCAUCACCGAGAAGGGGUCACACAAGGGUAUCUUCUGUGGCGAGAAUGCCAUAGCGGGGGGUGCUGACGGCUGGGCCCUUUUUUUGGCAAAGGAGGCCAAGAGCACCCCGGCGGCGAAGUGCGCAGGUGGGUCCUGCUGUUGCUGAAGGAUGUGAAUUCGGAAUGGCCAUUUGCGGAAAGUGAAAACGAUCAGAAGGGCCAUUUGCAGAAAGUGAAAACGAUGAUUCCUGUCGGGGGGUUGGUUCCUGGGUCUUUGGUUGGCCCUUCCUCCUGUGCUUAGACAUGGGUUGCUGUGCUUUUUUUUUUUUUUUUUUUUUUUUGGGUUGCUGUGCUUAGACACGUACUAGGUAGGUAGGCAGCAUGAGGUUAAAAAAAAAAAAAAAGGAAAUGAAAACGGGUUGGAAAGAGUGGGAAAGGCCCGGUAUACCCAUCAGAUUACUUUCAGCAGAAGCAGUAUUGAAGGGCAGGGAGGAUAUUACUUGGACUCCGGUGAAUGUAUUUGAUGGCCAUUGAGACCAGUGUGAGGAAUAUGCCCUCAUGGGGCCCUAGCCAACAUGCACAUGAACUGGGCUGUGGCCCCCAGCAAGCCUCGUGCCCGCCCUAAGUGAAGGCGGGCCUGAAUAUCCAUAAGAGGCCCUUAUCUCAGCAUUUUCCAAAGAGGGUAUCAGACAGUUGCAGCAUGCCAGUUGGGUGAAGUGCAACAUGAGCCUCUCCCUGGGCUCCUUCCAGAAACAGCAGUUGCGCCCAGCAUGCAGGUGGUUGCGCCCUGGGCACACGCAGUGUGAGGCCGACACAUCUCGAAGUGGCCGCAGGCGAAUCAGAAAGCAGCAUUGUCGUCACAGAGGCCCAACGAGCCAAUGAGAAGACGGCAAACACUUGGAGCCUGGAGGCUCCCUGGACGUGCCCAACCAGAAAGGGCCCAGGCCCCAACUGUCGAACAGAGCCUGGACGCAGACACUGGGGCCCGACUGGAAGGUACUGGAAGCUUCCUCAGCCAGGCCCACAGCCAAACAGAGGCCACGACUUCCAUAUAGGAAGGUCGCUGGCCAGAGGCUGGGUAUUCUGGCCUAGGCAGGCAAUGCGGACACGCUCCUGCGCUGCUUCGCAAGUGUCUGCAUGUGCGCUGCUGGCUGGGGCGCACGCGGGCGAUAUGAGGUGAGAGGGGCGCCGCAGGGCAGCGGCCGCACGGCAGCCAUAGCCGGGCCGCAGGGGCGCAUGAGGGCGAUGGGCGAAGGUGGUCCUCGGGAAGGAGGCGCAUGAGUGGGUGGUCAAGGUCUGAUGAGGGGAGGAGUGAGAACGUACCUGGUGUAUGUGGGAGGUUGGCAUUGGUGUUGACGUCAUGUACAUUGGUCUUCAACGUCGGAUGCGAUCCUGUUGCACGAAUGUAGAUAGGCUACUAGAUAGGCUCAUCAGAGUAGGCUGGGUGCUGGGCGCCAGACAGAGAUGAGCGACAUUGGAUACUGUGUUGGUGGGGCCUGAGGGCGAUAACAUUGGCGCACGAGUUCGCUGUUUGCUCUUAUUUGGAUGGAAUCUUGGUUCAUUUGAUCUCUCUGCUUCGUACAUGACUAUCUGUACUUCUGCGUGAUUUUGCAAUUUGUAUUUCUGUCUAUCGCUCUCGCUCAUAUUCCUUGCACUACCGUC